AUAGCUCAGGAUUUUUCAGAGCUGAGAUAUUAUGUGUCCAUAAAUACUAAAACAGAGCUAUCAUUCUUCAGAAGUAAUUACAUAGUUUCUGCUUUUUCUAGAAUUGUGGCAGAUAAAUUGGUUUAGGGUUUGUUUUUUAAGCUUCUCAAGGUACCCUAUUGAGACCAAAAUUUCAUAUGUGAAUGUUUAUCACUCAGGCUGUCAGCGGAAAAGUCAUCACAUAAAUAUCACAUAUCUCGGGCAUUCCAUAAAAGAUGCACACUUGUAUAUCCUCAGUUGUAUCAAAGAGUAAUGGGAUUUCCCUGUUAAGAUGGACAUAUGAAGAGAAUUUCAGGGAAUGUUCUGACUAUAGGCUUGUUCAGACAAGGUUUGACUAAUUAGGCACUUUUUGAUUUUAUGUAAUGGAUACUGUCCCAUAUUUAAUUGCAUGUUACUGUUACAAUGCACUGCAGUUUUAGCCCGUUUGUUUUUCAUAAUAUCUCAGCUGCCUUGGGUCCUUUUACUGGGAGAAAGGCUCCGUGAACAAUAGAAUGUUGGCAUAAGACUGUGCCCUGCACCAUAGCUGGCAGGCAAUACCACCCUGUUUUUCUCAUCAGUUACCUGCCUGAGUUUCCUGCACAAGAGGGCCUGCUCCUUUCUCAUACCCCCACUUUUGCCUCCCUCUUGAUCUCCCUCAACUGCAAUUUCAUUCUCUUUCUCCUUUGUGGAGAUAGGUGGUUUUAUUUUUCUUAACCUAGAAUUAAAUUUGCAGGUCCCAAGAUGUUCCUAUACUGCUUUCUGAUUAUUUUUUUAAAAGGGUGGGAGAAGGAAGCUCAGGAGAACAUUCCCACCCUGUGAUGUUGCAUCUGUACCUCCCCCUCAUAUGCCCACAGUGACAUUGUGCAUAUCCAGUCACAUUGGAUUAAAACUAAGAAAAGAGCUCUGCAACUCAGGCGUGUGUUAGACAUUUGCAGUUAACCCUGAACUUGUGGGUGACUUCCAGAUUUUAAGGUGCAUUUUCAGGUUCAGCAGAAUUAACUGGUCUUCUGAUCCAGACUCCUUGGACCAGAACUACGAAGCUACAGUCUAAAGCCAUCCUAAAAGGAGACAGCCAGUACUCCUGGCAUCUGUUGACUUCAUGCAGUACGAAGACAACUUCACGGAAUACUUUGAGAAUUAUGAAGAAGAUGAGCCGCCCGAGUUCUAUCUUAGCAAUGCACAGAUUGUUUCUCUUGUCCUCCAUGGGAUAGCUUUUCUUCUGGGAGUGCCUGGCAAUGCAAUAGUCAUCUGGAUCAUGGGCUUUAAAUGGGACAAGACCGUCACUUCCCUCUGGUUCCUCAACCUGGCCAUUGCAGACUUAAUCUUUGUUUUAUUUCUCCCGUUGUAUAUUGCGUAUGUUGCCCUGGGCUUCCACUGGCCCUUUGGGAGCUGGCUAUGCAAAGCCAACUCCUUCAUUGCCCUAUUCAACAUGUUCGCCAGUGUCUUCUUCCUGACAGCAAUCAGCCUUGACCGGUAUGUCCAUCUGAUCCACCCAGCAUUCUCCUACAAGCAUCGGACUCUCAAGAACACCCUGUUCCUGGUUUUGACCAUUUGGAUUUUGGCAACAGUCAUUGGCAGCCCUGCUCUGUAUUUUAGAGACACACUAACACUACCCAACAACAUCACUAUUUGCUACAACAACUUUCACCCAAGUGACCUUGAUCUCAUUAUCCUCAGACACCAUGUUCUAACCUGGGUUAGGUUCAUUUGUGGCUACCUCUUUCCCCUCUUGACCAUGAUAGUUUGCUAUUCCCUACUCAUCAGCCAGGUGAAGAAGAGCGCUAUUCUGACCUCCAGCAGGCUAUUCUGGACCGUUCUUGCAGUUGUGUUUGUCUUCUUUGUUUGCUGGACCCCCUAUCAUAUAUUUAGCAUUCUUGAGCUGUCUGCUCACCAUAACAACUAUCUGCAUGGCUUGCUUCAGGAUGCCAUUCCUCUUUCAGUUGGCUUUGCCUUCAUCAACAGCUGCCUUAACCCUAUCCUUUAUGUCCUUCUCAGCAAAAAGCUCCCAUCCUGUUUCAGAGUUACAUUUUCAGAGUUGGUGAAACAUACACUGUGGGAGGUCAGCCAGUCUGGGACGGUCAGUGAACAAGUUUGGAAUUCCAUCAGCUUACAGCCGUACGAGGCCCCAGGGACCGAGAUCACUCCAAGUGAAAGAUCCUUAGUGCCCACUGAAGAUGCAUAAGGCUGGAACACAUCUCUC